UAAAAAUAUUAAGAUUUGUCUUUAUUUUAUUUAAAACACCGCAUGAUAAGAAAAAAAGACCUUAUGUGCAUAUUGAUCCUGAAAUUGAAAUCAAAAUAAGACAUAAGAUGUGACCUUACUGUAUGAUUGAUAUUAAAAAAUAAUAAAAUAACCGCAUCAUCAUAAUGCAAGCUUAAUCAUUUUGCUUAUCUUCAAUCCAAAUAUAGAGUUUUUUUUUAAAAUAAGUAAUGAUAAAAUUAUGAUAACAUUAUUAAGAAAGUUAACAACAAAAACAACAUUAAUGUAAACACCCCAUAUACUAUCGUCAUAAUGGGGGCUUUAGAAUCAGCUUAAAAAUUGAUUUAUAUUAUACCCUUCAUAAUCUACUAAACUACAAAGAACUUUUACUACCAAGUUUGUACGUUCUCAAAGGAAGACCGCCCACCUUUCAUUUUCUGUGUGUUGUUUUUUUUUUAUUGUUGUAUGUUAACGUCUUUUGUAAGAUACGCAAUUCUAAAAAUAUAUAAGACAUGCAAAUAAUUUAUUCAAGCGGAAAUAACUGAGUGAAGCCCCGAUGCAAUAUUCCUUUGACUGUAUUUGGUAUAGUGGAAGUGAUACAGUAUUGCAACUCAACCGUAAAACCAUAAUAUAACUUAAAUCAUUCAUGUAAAAAUUAGGUUAUGUAAAAAUAACUGUAAAGGGAUUAAGCUUUGACUAAAACUUUGAGCUGACUUGAUCAAAAUUAUGCACAAUAAUUUUUGUUCAAGGUUCCCAAAAACAAACUUGAAAGCGCUUUAAUAACUAUUUUUUAAUUUCCUUUAUUUCUGACAACUGUCAAAAGAACCUUUUCACACAUAACUUUUGUUUGGGUACUAUCUGGAACAAAACUACCACAUCACAAUCUCCAAGACAAAAUGCAAGCAGUUUAUUUUUAACAUUGUAACGCAAAAAAUUCUACAUAUGGACGGGUUUUGAUUUUAAAAAAUAGAUUUAAUGUGCCAAUAGAAAUCUCCAUUAAUCAUCCUCUCAAUUUCAAAUGGAAUACAAAUAAUGUAUCCAUCUAUAUCUCAUUAUCUAUUUCUACUUGUUUAACAUUUCUGCUGAUGAUGAAACGCCCCUUUAUUAAAUGUCAAACAUUUUUAAUGAAAUUGUUAAAAGCAAUCAGUUUAUUAUUAACCAACAAGAUGAUCAAACAUAAAUCGCUCUUUAUUUUUUGUCUGUUAUCAUCUUUUAAAUUUACAUCCAUAAACUCAACGAAAAAAUGGGUUGAAAAUCCAAAAUUUGAAGAUCCCAGCAGUUGGGAUUCUGGCUACGUGCCUUGUUCACAUGACGAAAUUGUAUUCCCUGAAUCCUUCUCAUCAGCCAUUCUUCUGCCAACUACCGUUGAUAUAACUGGAAUUACUCUACCCAAUGAUGGGGCAUUACUCCUUCAACCGAAUGGAGAAAUUAUUUUUGACAGUGGCAUUGACAAUGGCUUUGAGUGUGAAAAUUCGAACCAAAAAGCUGAACUUAAAUCAAUCACCCCACGACAUUGGUUUGAUCCUCAUAAUUGGAUUAGUGUGAAAAAUCAUAGUGAAGGAAAUCAGAAUAACGCCGACGCUGCAGUACCACAUAUCGAACAGAUUCCCUGCAGCAAUGAAGUUGCACAAAUAGCUGCAACGGGAGCUCUUUCGAUUGAUUUAAGUGACGUUCGCACUCUCAGAGUUGGACAAAUCAAUUUGGAUGGUGUGGAUGUUUCUAAGGAGUUUUUGGAAGAACUUUUUAAAAGUGAUCUAGGUGAAAUGAUCUUUAAAUACGCAUCUCUCACGCAAGUUGAAUACAACAAGGAUCAACAGUGUGGAUGUCAUAAUCCCGAUACUUUUUGGGACUACGAGUGGAAUGUGUGUAAACAUGUCCACGAUAGAUGUGAACGACCAAAGUGUAACACCCCGAUCAUACCAACCGGCCACUGUUGUGCUAUUUGUGGUGCUAUGAUCAAAGUAAUCGUCGACAAAUGUGACCCAUCCCACACGGAAAAGAUAAGCCAGAUGAUUGCUCGAUCCUUGAAGGAUCAGGAGAUGCAAGAUCAACUAAGCUAUCAUGUGAGCUACAUAGAUGCAGGAGUUCAAACCUACUUACAAGUUAUCAUCGUGGAAAAUGACGACUAUGAGGAGAAAAGCGUCAGCUUUAUGCAUCGCUUUAUGGAAACUGUGUCUUGGGACGAAUUCAAAAGCAGCAAGAAAGAGUUCUUUACAGCAGGUCGUCCAUAUGACCCCAAUGGAUUGAGAGCUGCCCUUCUUCUGAUGGCUGGAACACUUUUGGGAGUUCUGGCUUUCUUUGGUAUAAUUUUUGUUAAUUUCGUUCCAGAUAAUGGAAUAAUACGCCUCCCAACGUGGUUGUAUGUUCGUUGGAAUGAUGUUUUCCAAACACCCUUUGUUUUUGCUCGUUUUGAUAAUACGAAUGUAACAGAUGGUGAGGCUAUAGAAAAUGUUGUUAUCGAUGUCCAACAGUACAAUGUUUCGGCGGAAGUUCAAGAAACAACACGGGGGACCAGUACUUCCUUUGACAAUCCAAUGUUUGUCGAUAAUCAAACUAAAGCUAAGGGUAAGGCUUCCCGUAAGCAGCAGCACAACGAUGAUGAUGACGACGAUACGGAUGAUUCCCAAAUAAGUGAAGAGGAUUUAACGGAAAUCGAUUUGGAUGCGGAAGUGAUGGGGAAGUUAUAAAACUACAUAUAUAAAUAAAUGACUCCUACAUAUGUGUUACUGUGAAUUUAUUUUCAUUAUACUUAUAAAUAAAUUUAUUAAGAAAAUGUGUGUGUAUUUGGUUUUUUUUUCGUGUGUUUGUUUGGGCUUUUGGUUGACAUGACAUAUAGGCAUAAUUGAGGGUUACGAUUAAGUGUUGUGCCCUUGAAACCCCCAACAGCGCAUUAAAAUCAAUGAU